GCCAAAGAGCGCGCGGCCGCGGCCGUCCCCUCCCCCACGCCUCUUCGCGUACAGUGGGAACCCGUCGCUGCGGCCGUCCGGCUGCCGCGCUCGGUCGUCGCGAUGGACUUUCCUUGGAAUGAGCUGACUCUUGCGUUUUCUCAUACUUCCAUGUUCCCCUUUUUUGACAUCGCUCACUACCUGGUGUCGGUGAUGGCGCUGAAGCGUCAGCCGGGAGCAGCAGCGAUGGCACGGAAGAAUCCUCUGUCAAGCUGGUUUACUGCUAUGCUCCACUGCUUUGGUGGAGGAAUUUUAUCCUGUAUACUGCUUGCAGAACCUCCAUUGAGGUUUCUUGCAAACAACACUAACAUAUUACUGGCAUCUUCAAUCUGGUAUAUUACAUUUUUUUGCCCAUGUGACUUAGUUUCCCAGGGCUAUUCAUUUCUACCUGUUCAACUCUUGGCUGCGGGAAUGAAGGAAGUGACCAGAACUUGGAAAAUAGUAGGUGGAGUCACACAUGCUAAUAGCUAUUACAAAAAUGGCUGGAUAGUCAUGAUAGCUAUUGGAUGGGCUCGAGGUGCAGGUGGUAGCAUUAUCACGAAUUUUGAGCAGUUGGUGAAAGGAGGUUGGAAACCAGAAGCUGAUGAAUGGCUGAAGAUGUCCUACCCUGGCAAGGUAACCCUGCUGGGGUCAGUUAUCUUCACAUUUCAGCAAACCAAGCUUCUGGCAAUAUCAAGGCAUAAUCUUAUGUUCCUCUAUACUAUGUUUCUUGUGGCCACAAAGAUAACCAUGAUGAUUACAGAGACUGCUAUUAUGCCUUUUGCUCCUUUUGAGGAUACAUUGAGUCGAAUGCUGUUUGGCUGGCAGCAGCAGUUUUCAUCAUGUGAGAAGAAAACUGAAACAAAAUCAUCCUUCAAUGGUACUGGUUCAUCGACCUCAAAACCUAUAGCUGUUGCUUCAGAUAAAGUUAAAAAGAAACAUACUAAGAAGACUGAGUAAAUUUUCUUGAUGAGCUUUAGAAGGCAAAAAAAUUCUUAUCUACCUGUCAGAUUGUGAUAAACAUUUUUAUGUCAAUGAUGUAAAAUAAAGAUUAUAUGUAAGGAAUGGAGGUGACAAAAAGAAAGAACUUCUUUCUGCUUUAAGGGGACUGUCCCUUUCUGCAUUGUAAUUUCUUGAGUGUUAUGAGUAUAUCAUGCGAAAUUGUUUUUCUAAGUUAUAUAUAAAAGAUUCUAUUGUGAUUUUUAAAUAGUUUUAUAUUGAUAAAAGAAGGCUAGAUUUUUUUAAUGUUAGGAAAAGUAAACCUACUGCCAUUGCAAAGUAACAAAAAUUAAAAUGUUAUUGUUCAAUCUAGGUAUUUUCAUAUAUAUUUUUUAUUUGAUUCUAUUCAAGCUUUAGUUCAGCAAAAUUAAACUUUUAUUUCACAUUGCCAUUGUAAUUCCUAGAUGUGGAAAACAAUUCCUGUUUGAUUUUGAGUACUGGAAAGAACAGACUUUACCUAAAUCACUUUAUAUUAUGAAUGAAAAUAAAUUAUUAGCCUAUUUCAGAUGUAAACAUUGUAUACUUUGUCCACACUAAAUGGAAAUACCUGAAAUUAAAAAAAAAUUUUGCAGUAUGUUUCAGUGA